AUCCUUCACAGAGGAGCUGCCCAAAGCUUUCCCUCUAGCAGAAAGUAGGCAGUAGAGAAAGACCAGUCUGAGCGCCUGAGCAGUAAUGGCUCCCAGUGACUCCAUGGUCAGCGAGCAGACAGCGCUUUCUGUAGCUCCAGCCUUCUGCACAUUCCUGCGCAGACAAAUGAAGGAUUUCACACAGGCUUGAACCUCAGGCGCGGCCAGAAAACAUUAAUAAACUUUCCAGGUUCUGGCCGGGCUUGCACUAGUCAGACAGCAGCAGUCAGCUCCUCAGAAGGCAGUCCCAUGACGUCAUGCCCUAUAGGCUUGGGACAAGCUGAGAGCCUAUCUCUCAUUGUUUGCCUUUUCCAUUGGAAUGCUCACAUCUCAUGCCUGGGAGAAAACUGCCUCUCCGAGACGUCCGUCCCUCCAUGGGACAGCAGCAGCUGUGGCCGUUCCCUACAGCCCUACAGCCCCAGGCUAAAAAAGCUGAUUGAACAGGAAACAACAUACCAAGCUAAAAAAGAGAGAGAGAACCACAAAAAAAUAACCAAACUCCGAGAUGAGCUCACAAAGUUGAAGUCGUUUGCGUUAAUUGUGGUCGAUGAGCAACAGAGGUUAACUGAACACUUACAUGAACAAAGUGCCAAAAUCCAAGAGCUAACGUUAACUGCCCAAAAAGCACAGGACAAACUUGACACUACAGAACUAAAAGCAGAAGAAGAAGAGCAAAAAGCAAACAGACUUGAAACAGAACUUCAAACUCAGGAAAGUAGGUUCUUUCAAGAGCACGAAUCCAUGAUGGCCAAACUAACCAGUGAGGAAACUCAGAAUCGCCAACUCAGAUUAAAGCUGGCAGCUCUCAGUAGACAAAUCGAUGAGCUUGAGGAAACAAACAAGACACUGCGUAAAGCAGAGGACGAACUUCAUGACCUAAGAGAGAAGAUGAAUAAAGGAGAAUGUGGAAACUCCAGCCUCAUGGCAGAAGUUGAGGAGCUGAGAAAACGUCUGCUGGAAAUGGAAGGCAAAGAUGAAGAACUCAUAAAAAUGGAAGAACAAUGCAAAGAUCUAAACAAAAAAUUAGAAAAAGAAGCAUCACAAAGUAAAUCCCUUAAAGUAGAGGUAGACAAGCUGAGCAAAAGAAUUAAUGAGUUGGAAAAACUGGAAGACGCAUUUAAUAAAAGUAAACAAGAAUGUCAAUCUAUCAAAUGCACCAUGGAAAAAGAGCGAGCAGCCACCAAACAACUGUGUAAUGAACUAGAAAGUUUAAAAGUUCGAAUACGGGAGCUGGAAGCAACUGAAGUGAAGCUUGAAAAGACGGAAAAUAUACUAAAAGAAGACCUAACCAAACUAAAAACUCUGACUGUGUUGCUUGUGGAGGAACGGAAAUCACUAACAGAAAAAAUCAGGCAAACUGAGGAUAAAUUAAAGUCAGCUAAUACACAACUACAGCAGGAACAAAACAAAGUGACGUCUAUCACUGAGAAAUUGAUAGAAGAAAGUAAGAAGUCUCUUAAGUCCAAUGCAGAAUUACAGGAGAAGAUGUACACAAUCACAAAAGAUAAUGAAGAUCUCAAGUGCAAACUAAGAGCAGAGGAGGAGAAGGGAGAUGACCUAAUGUCCAAAGUUACUGUCCUCAAGAAGAAGCUUCAGUCCCUUGAAUCUAUUGAAAAGGAGUUUCUGAAGAACAAAAUGAAACAAGAAAGUAGGCAGCCAGAAGCAUUCUACCAAGAAAACAACAAAAUUAGAGAGCUCACGCAAGAGGUUGAAAGGCUAAAACACACCCUUAAGCAAAUGAAAGCAAUGGAAGAUGACCUCAUGAAAACAGAGGACGAGUUUGAAUCUCUGGAGAAAAAAUAUUACAAUGAACAGCAGAAAGCCAAAAUGUUUUCUGAAGAACUUGAAGUCAUAAAAAUUGAACUAGCAAACCACAAACUGGCUGAGAAAUCAGGAUCGUACCAAGAGAAAAUGUUACUUGCAAAGCUGAAGGAAGAAGAGGCAAGGUCAGGUCACCUUUCUAGAGAAGUGACGGCCUUGAAAGAAAAGAUCCAUGACUACAUGAAAACAGAAGAUAACAUUUGUCGUUUGAAAGGAGACCAGUCUGUCCUUCAGAGGAAGCUCAAUCAACAAGAAAACAGAAACAAAGAGCUGUCAAAAGAAAUGGAAAACCUCUCGAAAGAACUUGAAAGGUAUCGUCGGUUUAGCAAGAGCCUUAGACCUAGCCUUAAUGGACGGAGAAUUUCUGAUUUUCAAGUGUUUUCAAAAGAGGUGCAGACAGAUCCAACAUACAAUGAGCCACCCGAUUAUAAAAGUCUUGUUCCUUUGGAGAGAGCAGUUAUAAACGGACAACUUUAUCAAGAAAGUGAUAACGAGGACGAUGAGGCAAAUGAUGACGAUUCUGCUUUAACUUACAAGUGCAACUCCUCAAAUGGAAACUCUAUAAACAACAACAGAAAAGAAGUAUCUCCAUGGAAUAAGCCUAGUCAAGAACAGGCCCAAAAUGGGAAAGUACAUUUGAAACAAAAUGGAAACUACAUCCAUCCAGGAGAUAUGGUCCUUACACAUACACCUGGACAACCUUUACAUAUCAAAGUUACACCAGAUCAUGGACAAAACACAGCCACACUUGAAAUUACAAGCCCUACUAUGGAAAACCCACACUCCUUUACAAGUACUGCCGUAAUACCAAGUUGUGGGACUCCAAAACAAAGAAUAACAAUUAUUCAAAAUGGUUCAUUGACACCUGUGAAAUCGAGAGUAAUAGAUGGAUAUGUAACACCAGAGCAAGUAGUACCACCCCUUACAAUGACUUCUUUUGUACGGCCUAGGAGCCCAGACUCAUGUGGUUCUAUAACUCCCGAGAGAACAAUGUCCCCUAUCCAGGUAUUGGCUUUAGCAAGUUCUUCUAGUUCCCCAGAUCGGAUGCUUUCUCCAGAACCUAUGGAAAUUGGUGGAACACAUGCAGUUUUUCGAGUUUCCCCUGACAAACAGACUGGUUGGCAGUUUCAAAGGUCAAACAGUUCUGGUUCAACAUCAAGUGUAAUAACUACUGAGGACAAUAAAAUACACAUCCACUUAGGAACGCCCACCAGUCCCUUCACGCCCGUGCAAGAGAAAAGACAUUCACUGACUAACGGGACUCCAAAUAAACCCACAAAUAAAAUCACCAGCAGUAUUACAAUAACACCAACAGCUACUCCACUAUCACGGCAAUCACAAAUUACAGUGUCAGAAGAGGCAUUUCAUGGCGGUCCGCCAACUCGGAUUCCAAAACCGAAAGCCUGGACCACAUCCAAGCUACCCAUUAAAAAGCCCGUAGGAAAUGCAAUAAAUGGCGACCAGGUGAACAAAGACAAAUUCCAUUCACCAAGACCGGUGUCUAAUUUCCAGUGUGCGUCAAAGAGGUGAUCCCCGGGAGUGGAGGCGUCAGACAAUGUACUGCACCACUACGGAGGGGGUUCUUCGUUCUCAUUCUGUAUAUUGCUUAGUAGAGGUUACAAUGUAUGUCUAUGUGCGGGAUUUCUAUGGAUUUUAUUUUUAAAAAAUAAAAAAAAGUUUCAAAAAUGUAAAA